UUGAGGCAGUCGUUUGUGUUGUUUGCCUUCGUUUAACAGUGUUCCGGUAACAUAUUACGGGUUUUAUACAGGAUAAAACACAACUGUGACUGAGGGAGAAGCUUAAUUUACUUCCAGCAAUGUCAAGUUGCUCAACUAUCCACUUAACUUUACCGCAGUGGGACGGGGGCUCACGGAAAAUUCGCUUUAUUUACUUGGUGAAUGUGACAUCGUUCAGGCUGACAGAGUGUCCCAGCAAGAGUCCGAUGGUUCCUCUCUAUUUAGGAGCAGAUCUUUUCUCCAACACCGACAUCCGCACAGAGAACCAUCCCAGACACCAUGCCAAGUUUGCCAAGAAAGGAUUGGCAACAAAAAUAAAUUUUUCCCCAGCAUUCAGGUUUCAUGGGUUGAAGGUGCCUACUGUAAAUAACAGCCUCUGGUUCUACAGCAUUCAAGGACUCUUUCGAGUCGCCUUUGAAAUGUACAGUAAGCAAGAGCAGCUUGCUGUGCUAGAAAACUUCCAGGAUGUUUGGAAAACGCAGAUAAAUGACAGCCCUCUGAAAAUGGGUUACAGCCUCAGUGUGCAGCUCGACUUUGCUCUAUCCAGCUGCUCGCAUGAUACAGGAUCAAGGAAUGAAAUGUCACAACCUCAGCACUGUGACACAGGCGAUACAUCGGCAGAUCACGAUUAUUGUUGUUUUCCCAAGAAGAACUUGCAAACUGAGCAAAGCCAUCUAGUUGUAUCCAAAGUGAGACAGAAAUUGCACAGCUUGGAGGACAAACUCUCUUCUGAGACCCCAAGCUACACAAAGCUUGAGACGAUCUUGCUGCUUCUGGAGAACAUUGAUCGGUAUAUAAAUGGGAAUCUAGAAGAAAAGGAUGUUACAGAAACUGUGUUAACCCUGCUGAAGGCCAAAGACUGGGGCUGUGUCUAUUCAAGUUCCCUGCUUAGCAGUAUAGGACGUUGGCUUGGCCAGCAGUUUCACGCAGCCAACAGCAGCAUCAGCCAGAAAGUGGAGGGCUUUAAAGUUCAUCAUAUUGAGCGAAUUAGUGACUUGCCUCCUGCCGAGGAACUUGCCACAGAGCUUUUCCCAGAAGCUAUGCAAACACUGCUGCUUCAUUGGAUGGGCUUAAAUGAAGAGUCCACCCUGGAGAAGAGACACAGCGAGUACCCAAUCCUGCUCCUUAUCCUCGAGUUUGCCAAUCACAACCUCAUCACUGGUGUGGCUCACGUGUUGUACUCCAGUCUUAUAUGUAAAUAAUUAUAGGUUUCCAUGUAAGCAUCAACAAAUCCCUGGAGUAUUAGAGUACUGGAUGCUCAGAUAAAUUGCAGCCACUGGAAACAAAAUACAUGGACCAGCAAGAGUAACGCUAAUUUUUGUAUGUUAAUUUAUCCUUUCUUCUUUUGGACAGUUUGUUUUUGCUACAAAGAUUACUUCUAUAACUCUGGAAACUGGAUGACGACUCAAUGUUAGUCAACUUUCAGCGGAAAUAUAUUGCAACGUGGUCAUUUUAUGUUAUUUUAUGUUUAAAAACUAAUACAAAUGAAUGUGAAGACAAAUGCGAGUUAUUUGUUUGUUGUAAUGCUUAACUGUUAACAAUUUUGAAACAGGAUCCAUCAUUUGUAUAAUUUUGUAUAAUUUUGCCUUCAUUUGUUGCAAUAUAAAUUGAUAUUGGAAUCUAGGGAACUUCAUUUGAACCAAAAUGUACACAUAAUCACAUAAAAUAAACAUAAAGUGAUAUAUAAAAAAAAACCUUAUUCAACACAAAACUAAUUUAUUUCAAGAACAAUGUGAUUACUCCUCAAGCACAUCUUUGUCCAAGGCAAGCCUGAAGACAAUAUGUAUUACAACCCACUGUUUUGUUUUUCCCCCAAUAAGGAGAAAGGAAACAGAUUCUGAUGAUGCUACAUUGACUUCAGAUGCCUUUCAUUAAAUGGAUGUAAACAGUGUUCACUUGAACCACAUUAUAUUCAGUUUAUGUUCAAACAAUCACAUAUCAAUAUAUAUUUGAGUUUUAAAAAAAAAAAA